UCGUGUUCAAAAGAGGAGAAGGGAAGAGGGGAGAGGUUUUGGCAGUCGCGAAGACGCUCGGACGAUAGACGCGAAUGGAGGGAGCGAAGCGGUGACAAGCUGAAGCGCAUCAAGAGCCGCUCACGGGAACUGACAGAUAGGGAGAGACUUGCGGGCAAGUUCAGGGAGAUGACGGGAUGACGACGAGCGGACAAGCAGAUGCAGGAUGGAGAGUCUCAAAGUCAAAGCAUGACCAGAUUCAAUUGCUGCCGCCAAGCCGCUAGGGCGUUGGAAAGGCUGGAGGAUCCCAUCCUCUUUCUCCGAGUCAGUUCUUUCGUGCGUGUCGGGGGAGAGGGGGGUGUUGUUGCGUUCCAAUUACUUGCCCCGAGGUUUCCGGUUAUCACAAUCAAAUUCAGUGGAGAUUGCACCAGUUGGACGCGAUGGCUUGGGAACUGGGAAGGGCUUCUUUUCCCUUUUCAGCCCUGUCGGGCCAGAAAUAGAAAAGUCACGGAAAAUGACAGCCGCGAUUACCAUACCGUCUCGAACACCUCCCAUACCGUCUCAUACGGUAUUGUUCCCGUCGGUUCAGCUUCAGGUUCUGUCUGAUGCUGAUCCGGAUUUCCACUCAUCUCAGCCUCUCCCCUUCUCUCCUCUCUCUGUGUCUCUGUCUUUUUCUCUCUCUUUCCCUCUUUCUCUUCCGUUUCACUGCCCACCGCUCUCACGGGGCCUCGCCAUCUCUUCCCUGCUCUGCGACAUCCAUUCCCCCCUUAACCCAC